AUGGUGCGAUUUCAGUUUCUAUUCGGUUGUUUCAAAGAGCUGGCGGCGCGGCAAGAGCGCUUUUACGUGUGCGUUUGUGUUUUGUUGGCUUUUGUGUUGCGAGGGGGUGUUAUUGUUGUGGUGGCUGCAGUGGGAAUUCCCUGGGGGAAAAAUCGUGUGAGCGCUGAAGGGCGGUUGCCGUGGCCUGAAGAGAACGAAGGGCGUGGGCGCGUGGGAGGCGUCUGCGACUGUCAAGGUUGCCAUUUGCGUUUACAGUUGUGUUUCCCUUUGACUUUAUCUACCGUAGCAUCAUUCAUGCUUCGCCGAACCCGCCUGUGUCGGCUUGGCAACUACCGCCAGCAUAGCGAUAAGGAGCGGGAGCGCAUUGCUCAGGAGCGCCAGCGACGCAUUCUUUACGAUCACAGCGGCAACGUCAAAUUCGCUGGCCUGUUAUUCCUCCUUUGGGAGGAGUUUCGCGUGCCGAUUCUUUGCUUCGCCGGGGGCAUCUUGUUUUUGGUUGGGUACAACAAACUCAUCUAUCACUUGAGCUCGCAGGAGUCUGCGCGGGAGAGGGAGCUGGACCGGCGGAGCGAGGCAAAUGCGCGGCUGUCAGGGAAGCUGAAGGCGGAUCGCUAUUUAGUGAAGCCACGGCGUCAGGUGGAAGACCCAGACUUCUUGGACGUCCCCUCGCAUGCGGGCAAGGGCGUGUACUCCAGCAAGCUCUUUGCCGAGGACGCGGCAAGCACGGACCCUCUGUUCUCCGAGCGGAGGCGGAACUGA